AUGGAUUCUUCCGUCAAAUCCCCAGGCUACAAUCGCUAUGCUGCCGACUUCCUCUCAGCAGUGAACGGCCCCUCAUCUCCUAAUUACUCACAUCCUCCGCCUCAAUACACUCCUCGUGAUCCGUAUUUGAUGUACACGCAGGCAGUCCAGACCGCCAACCAAAGCGAAUACUAUUAUUCCCGACCGGUGGCUACACAGGAAUCGGCGAAUUCAACUCGGCAGGAUGAGUACCAUCACUACCGAACCAAUCCCAAUUUCUAUCACAACCGUGAUCCGCCGCUGGCAGCGGACCGAAAUGCAUCUUUAGCAACGCAGAACGAGUACCACUGCUAUAAAGACCAGCCCGAGUUUUAUCACCAUCGACGUGAUGGCUUGAAUAUUGCUUCGACAACACCUCAAGGCUUCCCGAUGGCGAUGCAAGCGGCUGCGCCUACAGCCACUGAGAAUAAGCUAGGCCAAGUGGCUCACCAACGAGGCUUCUACUAUACUCGACCACAGGCGGGGCCUCCGCCAGCGAGUGGGCAAUUUGUCUCACCUCCGGGUUCGCAGCAACAGCAAGCAUACACGAGUUCGAUGCGGGAUGCUUAUUAUCAUCGCCGGGACCAGGGGAAUCUACGAAAGUAA